UUAUUUAAAUGUCUAAUUCGGUGUAAUCAUUUCAGGGGAUAAUUAUGAGGAAUGUAAUUUUAUUUUCAACAAUGUUUACCAAGCUUCUGAAGUUCCCAGCGGGUCUGUUUUUGUUUAUCUAUCUCAAUAGCAACCAGACCUUGCCAGCAACAAAGCGAUAUUUGUGAGCUGUAGCAUUUCCCUCCUCAUCUAUUUAACGUUAUUUAAACAAAGUUUACGUGGUUUAUGUAAUGUAACGGAAACGGAGUGGUAGUUACAUGUAGUUCUAAUUAACCAGCUAACUAGCUAAUCGGCAGGUUUAGGUCCUCUGGUCAUGGCUAAAGACCCGUUGGCAGAGGCUGGUCUUCAUUUUGAUGAACUCCAUAAACUGCGAGUGCUCGAGCCUGAUGUGAGCCAGAAAACCACUGAGCUCAAAGAGGAAUGUGAGGAAUUUGUUGACAAGAUUGGUCAGUUUCAGAAAAUUGUAGGUGGCCUUAUUGAACUUGUGGAUGAGCUAGCAAAGGAAGCCGAAAAUGAAAAAAUGAAGGCUAUAGGAGCAAGAAAUUUGCUGAAAUCAGUUGAAAAGCAACGGGAGGCUCAGCAGCAACAGCUUCAGGCUCUGAUUGCAGAAAAAAAAAUGCAGUUGGAAAGGUAUCGAAUAGAAUAUGAAGCUCUUCAAAAAGUCGAAGCAGAGCAGAAUGAAUUCAUUGAUCAGUUUAUACUGCAGAAAUAAGAGUACGGUGUUUCCUCUUUCUGUUGGACAGGAAAAGUGAUGCUAUGCAUCUUGAUUUACAGUGACUUCCUAAUAACUGCAGGGUCCCUAACUAGGUUAACUGAAUUGACCAGUUAAUAGGUGACAACAGAUGUCUGUUUCAGCCUCAACCUCUGACUCUAUUGUGUUAAUUUUGAGUGCUUUUGCAUGGCCAGUUCGAGGAGGCACAUACUCGUAAUCUUUCCAACCACAGAUCAUAAUCUCAGAUGAAUACUAUUUAUAUACAACAAAAGUUAUUUAUACUAUUUAUAUGUUAAUUAGUUUGUAAAUCAGAUCUUUUUUUACAGCAGGAAAAUACAGUAUUUGCAUGUUACUGUAAAUAAUUCCAUCAUGAGACAACAUCAGGUAAAAUGUUUAUUUUCUGUAUUUGUAUUUGAACUGCUGUUUGUGACUUGAACUCAUCCGGUUUUAUUUCCUCAUACGCUCAUGGGACCACAACCAAAAUAUUUUCCGGAAGUUAUGGAAAACUAGUUAAAGCAUAAUUCAUUUAUUGUUUGUUUACAUUUACUGUUUAGAUCAUCAAGUGUGUAAUCUCAAUAUUCGACAAACUUCAUA